UUGCAGGCCCUUGGCCGCAGCAGCACCACACGCCCACACGCCCACGCCCACCCACGCCUGGCCUGCAAGCUCAACAGCGCCCAAAGCAACAAUAAACAUCAACACCGCCAUAUCCCGCCACCCACUCACACACGCUCUCUCGCACCCGUGCCUCGAGCGCCGCUAGUCGGGAUCCCUUGCUCCGCCCAACAGGAUCAGCUUGUUGCCGUUUCAUCGGCUCCCCUUAACCAUAGCGGGGGCUGUAAUUACCCACCUCUACGCGCCGAGUCACUGCGAGACGUGACGGUGCCACCCGAAAAGUGCACGUCGGCUUUGCACACACACUCUCGCCUGCCACAGAGCCCGAGAGGAGUUGAUCGACCGAGGCCGCUGGGCCGCUGUGCCAUAGUCCAACAGCAAUCAUGUCGUGAGUAG